GCGCAGCGUGGACGGGGCGUGAGCCAUUAAAUUCCGUAUUUGCGUGACUACCGAGAUCGCGUGGCACAUGUCGCGCAAACGAUCGAUGAAAAGUCACGCGAUUCAUUUGAACUUCAACAGAUCCUUUCUUUUUCAGUUUUCUUCCAUUGUUCGCAUGUUUCUCGAUGUUGGCAACAUUUAUCGUCACAACCGUGAAGCUAUUGAGAGGAUCGUUAAACGUUCUACGUUCAUUCGACGGAAAUAAAGUUAGAGCUGUGCACGACCGUACGACAGCCAGUGGGUAAAUGAAAACAUUUACAACCAAACUUACUCUGUUUGCUUUAAACACGAAUAAACGUGCUUUUAACUAAAUCGGUCAUCAUGACGAAAAUGUUAGACAUGAUCCAUCUCACUUACUUGAACACAGAGUAAAUUUGAAAGUUCUCUGUUCAUUACUCUACUGCGAUAAAGAAACUCGUGAGAAUGUUUCUCCUGCUAGUUGCGAUUGUCCAGAUACUGACUAGUGGAUUUUCAGGGGCAAGUGUUAAAGGUUCUACUUGUAAAGAAACCACAUGCUCGUCACCAUGGAAACUAGCACUUCACAAUGAUGCAAAUGGGAAUGUCUUGUCAGGUUCCAAAUAUUCUCUGAUGGCCGCUGUUUUAUCAGGGGCUCGUGUUCGUGUGAUCAUUGGAACAUCUUACAGUACAGAAGCUGACAAUGUGCAUGUGUUUGGCAAUCAUGCGUUUGCUCAGCUUCUGCAGCAUGUCAGCAAGGCAUCAUGGGACAGGUUUCAAGAUAAUGCUUACUGGUGGUGGGUUUUUUUGUCAACCAAUGGAGUGAUGCAAAUGACCAGGUACAAUGUGGGCUCAAACUAUCACCGUGGAACUAACAGUGUGAAAACAAGCAUCAAAUGGUACGUACAGAUACACAGCUUCAUCCCCAAACCAACAUACUCCCACCUAGCCAGUGGCUAUAAAGUGCAGGGUAGCCUGACUGAACUGGAGAGCAGUGUCCAGAAUGGUAACAACAUCCGCUGCAUCAGCAAUAAAAGUUACUCAUUUCCUCUCCAGAAUGUCGCCAUUAACAGUAAGGGUGUCAACUUUGUUACUGGACAAACCUUAGACCACAUAAGCACCACCAGCUCUGGCAACAACCUCUUACAAUUUCAAAGUAAUGCCUAUUGGUGGUUCACUAUAGUGACUACUCGUGGAUUGCGGGACAUGUCACGCUGGACCGCUGGAAUCCAUCAGUCACGAGGUCACACUCAGGACACUGUGGCAGUUGAGUGGUUUGCAGAUGAAUGCUGGAAGGAAGUCUUUUUCCACGAUGGCAAUGGACGGCAAAUUUCUGGAUCACGCUACAUGCUGACAUCAUCCAUAAUGUCUGGUCAUCGUGUUCGCUUUCAGAUCCCAGAGUGGAACUAUUACACUGCUGAGGCUGACAAUCUUUCUGUACGUAAUGGUCAUGUCACAGCUCAGGCCCUUAAACAUGUCAGCAAGAGUUUGACUACAUUUCACAACAAUGCCUAUUGGUAUUGGUUGAUGGUUUCCACCACAGGAACUGUUCGUGCCACAAGAUACAACGUGGGAGAGCACAAACACCGUGGCGAUUCCACAAACCAGCUAAAAGUGAAGUGGUUCAUAGACACCAGACCAUGGGAGCAAGUCUUGUCAAAUGGCAAAUCAGGAAAUGUCCUUGAAGGAUGUCGACAUGCACUGGUACAGGCUGUCAGAGCUGGAGCAGAUGUACGCUGUGUUCAGGGAGAUGAGGUGCAAGGCUACGCAUACAAGGCACAAAACCUAGCUGUGUCUCCAGAUGGAAACCACGUGGCUGCCCAAGCUCUUAACUCUGUCAGCAUGCAGUCAGCACCCAAUCAGAAUGAGAUGAAGAUCCAGCCCAGUGCAUACUGGUGGUUCACAAUUGUGUCCACAACUGGCUUGCGAGACAUGUCUCGCUGGACCGUGGGCGAGCACAUAGAUCGUGGACAUAGUUCAGAUCAAGUUGGCCAGAAAUGGUUUGUCAACCACUGAAUGCUGCCUUACAGCUCAGCCAUUCUCCAAGAUGACAACAUAGUGGUCUUUUUCCAUAGUGGUCUUUUUCCAAGACACAAAAAGCAAUUUUUUUUUUUGUCAAUCAAAUUAAGCAAAAGUAAAAUAUUAAAUGGUGGGUUUAGGAUACUGGUUAGUAAUGUAAGUCAAGUACUUUGCUUACAAAAGUAAUUUACUUGUCUCAGGUAACAAUGGGGUUUAGGAUACUGGUUGUUGACCUAAGUAAUGUAAUUUGCUUGCACUUGGGUAAAUAAAAGAGAAAUUGAAGAAAUUAA